CUCCGCGGCAUGUGAGAUCUUCCCGGACCGGGGCACGAACUCGUGUCCCCUGCAUCGGCAGGCGGACUCUCAACCACUGAGCCACCAGGGAAGCCCCAUCAGUAUUUUUUGAUAGAGCUAAGUAAGAUUCAUAUGGCUUUGCAGGAUUUGUCUGUGAACUUUUAAUCCAACACCCCAGGUGACCCUUAAGCUCUUACUGCGUUUCCCUGUAGCUAUCUUCUGAGAUACAUUUGCCCGGCCUAUUAAUUGCUUUUUCCGCUUUGGUUUAUUAGAUUAGAAGCUCUGUUCUUGACCUCCCCUCUCCUUGGGAGAAGUUCUUGCUUUGUCUCCAUAAAACAUCGCUGUUGGGCCUUUUCCUGGUUUAUUACUUUGCGUUAAUACCUGGCAGUUUACAUCUGAGCUCUCCUUUUAUUUCCUUAACGUAUAAUAUUGCCUCCCUCUAGGAGGGCCUGGUGCUUGCUAAGGGUUUAUUGGCCUCUUUUUUUUUUACGUUGGGAGGUAAGGGUUUGGAUUUAUCGUCCUAGCUUAGUGAUAAGCGGCACAGAGAAUUUUAAAUGUUUGUUUUAAGCCACAUGAUUAGCAGGGGCAAAAUGAACCAAGGAUCCAGAAAUGGAUGAGAGAGGGAGAAGGUGAAUGAACUUCUGAUGUCUUCUGCCCUUUGGUGUCUUACUCAUACAAGACUGAUUGGUGUUUGGCGUGGCGUUUCUCUGUGAAGGGAUAGAAAGGAUGACAUGAGCUAAGAGAGGGGCAUUCAACAGGAACGGGGUAGAGGAAUAAAAUGCCAUGAUGAUUAUGAUGCUGGAUUUACUGAAGUUGCAGGUAUACUUUUCGCCACAAAACCUACUUUGGUAGAAGAAUUACAAAUCCCUUGCAUUGUGGGUUUUCAGGUGGAUGACAAAGCUGCCAGUCAUUUUUCAUCCUAGGUUGGUGUGGGACUCACUCAUCCACAGGCUUUUCGUGUCAAUGCAUGUGAUUCUCCGCAGUAAGGAAGGAGAGGAAUUGAACUAUUGCAGCAGGCUGGCUAGUCUGGGACAUUAGGGAAUAAAAUGGGGGGAGGUUCCUCAGGUUCUGGUCUCUGUAGGGUCCCGGGCGGGAAGGUAGGUUUGAUCAAGGGGGUUGAAUAGAGCCUUUUGAUUCCAUCCCUAGCACAGGGCCGGCAUUCAUUGUAGACAAGGGCCUGUUGGUAAGGACACUUCAUUCCUCUUGGAGUCCUUGAGGAUUGCAAGGGCUCUGGGCUUCUCAGUCUUAGAGAGAGAAGGGCAGAAAAGUGGAGCAGCUUUUCAGAGCAUUCUGGAAUAAGAGAUGAGACCAGAGUCUGGGUAUGGAGUAGAAAGAUGCUCGAGAUAGGACCCCUCCCACUUGCAUUCAUAGCCGGACCCCGAGUCCAUCUGUCUUUUGCAGGUUUCCUGCCCUUGACUGUACAGUCCGCACCUAGGAGUUACCAGGGAGGGACAGGUGUUAGAGUGCAUCCUGGGUGUAUACAUAGUGGGACCCUGGGAUCCAGGAAGUAACAAGAGGGCAAACACCAGGUCCCUGGAGGCAAACACCCUAAUUUUGCUGGGUAACUGUGUGGAGGCACCGAAUGGAAGGUGCUGGGCUCAGAGUACCUUUCUCUCUCUUGGGGAAUGUGGUCUAGCGUUUGAUGGUCAAAUCCUCAGUUCAAAUCCUUGCCCGACCACAACUAGAUCCUUGACCUUGAGCAAGUCAUUUAAGCUUGCAGAUACUCAGCUGACCUGCAGAAUGGGCUCAGGUUGGGAUGGGGAGCACCCUCCUGGGCAUUUGUGAGGAUUAAAUCAGCUCAUGCAGGAGAAGCGCUCAGCCCCAGCGCCGGCCAUAACAUCAGCCAGGAGGGAGUGAACUUGUAGUUAUAGUUUGCACGUGUCGAGCUCCUUCAGGUGCCCCCAGAUGCAGGAGGAAGGAGUCUACCUCCCCCUCAGAACACAGGGCGAGUCUUUUGUUUUGGGCCGUGCGGGGUCUUAGUUCCCUGGACCAGGGAUUGAACACACGUCCCCUGCAGUGGAAGCAUGGAGCAUGGAGUCUUAACCACUGCACCACCAGGGAAGUCCCCAGGGCGAGUCUUAAGUGCCUUCCACCAAACCCUGGUGUCAGUCACUGGGGAAUGUAUUAAUGCCAGUUUGGGUAAGGCACAGCUGUGAGCAAACACCUGACCUUCCCCUCUUCCCCUGACAGCACCUCCAGGACCUCAGCUGCUCUUUCCUGUUCCUUCUACACGCGUGGUUUUUACAACAGACUGGAUUGGCCAGAUAAUUCAGUUAAUGGAGAUACACUUGUACCUGUUGGUUGCUAUGCAGCAAAACAGACAAAGACAUGAGCCCCCAAACAGAGCUCAUGUCUUCUCCCCAGAUUGCUAGUCAUUUAAUUGGAUGGAGAUCAUUUGAUUCGUGAGUGAUAAUUUCCAUCUGCCCUGCAAUCAGUCUUUGAACUUUUUAGCCACCACCCACUGCGUGUGUGAGACAAUUAACAUGCGAGCUCUCUGGAAGGCAGCGGCGGGUGCUAAAUUGGGCAGCUGACAGACGUUGUGCAAUUCAAACCAUCACAUGCACCGAUGAGGUGGAGAAGGGAGAGACCAAGGGGAAUCAUCGGGAAAGAGUUUGAAGGGAGUACAGCAACGCAAGUGAAAAAAUCUUCUGUUAGACUCCAAAAACUCCUGAGGACCAGACCCCAGGAGAGCAGAACUCCGAGGCAGAUCCUUAUAUUGAAUCGGGAAGAUAAGGAUCUUAUCAGCGCUUCUCAAACUGGAUUCAGGAGGUCUGGGGCAGGGCUCAGGAGUAUUUCUAACAAGCUCCCCGGUGAUCCUCCUGCUGCUGGUCUGAGGACCACCCUUGGUGUGGCCAGGUCUUAGAUGAUAGAUUAGGCAUUACCUACAGAUCUGUAUCAUGUGAUUAAAGGUGUUAGUUACAAGGGAGAAGGAACUGUGGGUGCACGGGACUAAUAUAAACGCCUUGCCAAACGUUCCCCGCGGUGGUGUAGUGGCAUCGCAUGGCCUGUGUUCAAAUCCCACCUCUGUCGCUUCUUAGGUGGGCGACUUUGGUGUCUUAGUCUGUUUGGGCCACUCUCACAGAACACCACAGACUGGGUAGCUUAUACAGAGCAAAUUUAUUUCUCAUAGUUUUGGAGGCUGGAAGUCUGAGAUCAGGGUACCAGCAUGGUCAGAUGAGGGCCCUCAUCUGAUGGAAGGGGCUGGGAAUCUUUCUGGAGCCCCUUUUAUGAGGGUGCUAAUUCUCUUCCUGAGAGUUCCACCGUAUGAUUUAGGCACCUCUAAAGGCCCCACCUCCUAAUACCAUUAUCUUUGGGAGUUAGGAUUUCAGCCUAUGAAUUUUGGAGGGAAACAAACAUUCACACCAUAAAACUUGGGCAGUCAUUAACCCUCUCAGAGUCUCAUUGCCCACCUGCAAAUUGGGGAUGGUAAUUAGUAUCCACCUUUAUUUAUUUAUUAAGUUAAAAAAAUAGAAGUAUAUACAUUAUUUUCAGAUUCUUUUCCAUUAUAGGUUAUUACAAGAUAUUGACUGUAGUCCCCUGUGCUAUACAAUAGGUCCUUGUUGUUUUAUCUGUUUUAUAUGUAGUAGUGUGUAUCUGUUAAUCCUAAACUCCUAAUUUAUCCCCUCCCCCACUUUCCCCUUUGGUAAACAUACAUUUGUUUUCUAUGUCUGUGAAUCUAUUUCGGUUUUGUAAAUAAGUUCAUUUGUAUCAUUUGUUUUUUUUUAGAUUCCACAUAUAAGUGAUAUCAAAUGAUAUUUAUCUGACACUUCACUUAGUAUGAUAACCUCUAGGUCCAUGCAUGUUGCCGCAAAUGGCAUUAUUUCAUUCUUCGUUAUGGCUGAGUAACCCACCUUUAAAAGUGUGUGUGUGGGGGCUUCCCUGGUGGAGCAGUGGUUGAGAAUCUGCCUGCUAAUGCAGGGGACAUGGGUUCGAGCCCUGGUCUGGGAGGAUCCCACAUGCCGCAGAGCAACUAGGCCCGUGAGCCACAAACUACUGAGCCUGCGCGUCUGGAGCCUGUGCUCCACAACAAGAGAGGCCGCGAUAGUGAGAGGCCCGCGCACCGCGAUGAAGAGUGGCCCCCGCUUGCCACAACUAGAGAAAGCCCUCGCACAGAAACUAAGACCCAACACAGCAAAAAUAAAUAAAUUAAUUAAUAAUAAAAAAGUGUGUGUGCGUUUAGGAAUAAAAGAGCAAAUCUGUGUAAAUGCUUACAGCAGCUCCUGGCCCAUACAAAGCAGCCAACAAGGUCCUUUCCAUUUUUCAUCUGGGAGCACCUCUACUUAAUUGGACUUGACCAGUGAGACUUUCGGCCUGUGGCCCUCUGUCCACAGCACGUAUUUCAGAACUGGGAAGCUGGCCUCCUCUCACCUGGUUCAUGGCAGGGCUACCUUGAUCCCUUCUGGGGAUUCUGGCCACCAUCAGCACAUGGGACCCAUUAGGACCUCUAACCCCUUUCUCUGUUUCAGGAACUGAUGGGAAAAGCCAAAAAGAAGGGCUGUGACUGAAUGGAUGAGGAUUUAUGGGAAGAAAAAGAAAAUCCUUGUAAGGAGAGAGAAAAAAUAUCACUGGGCAGAUUCAUGAAUUAAAAGUGGUAAAACGCUUUUGGGCUCAACCUAGUGUUUUUGAGCUCAGAAAGCCCCUCGGUUGCUUUGCUGUAGGGCAGAGACUUGGUCAUAGUAACUUGGUGUUUAACUCUAGGAAUUGCAGGUCUGUUCCUGGGGCCAGGUGCCCCAGCAGUCCCGGCUUCUACUUACACCCUUGGGGGUGUUGGCUGAAUAUUAAAGUUGGUUCAGGAAAGUUCCCUUCAGAUACAGGAAAUAAAAAAGCAACAAGAUGGGGCCUCUGGGGUUCUUAAAAAUGAGCCCAAUUCCCGUCCCACCGUAACUGCUGCGUGUCCUGGAGCAAAUUACUCUUGAGCCUCAGUUUUCUCAUCUGUAAGAUAGAGGCUCUCAGGCUUCCUCGCAGUGUGGCUUGUGCGGGGGUGAAGGAGGCGGUGCACGCGUGUUGGGUGCUCUCCGUAAACGUCAGCUGUGUCUUUCUGGCUCUUUUGAGUACCUUCGACUGAGCGCGCCGUCGUCAGGAAAUGGAUCCGGCCCUCUGGCUCUCUUCCCUGGGGAUACCCCAUACACUCAGGGCAGCAUCCUCGCAAUCACGUCUCGCUGCCGGAGAGUCAGCGGCUGGGAAGGAACCUCUCCAACGGGCCCGCGCUCGCACCGCAUGCAGUUCUGCAGCUGUGGAAAGAGCCUCACGUGUGCGUCUCAUUUCCCACGACUGCCCCUGGCUGGAGGAGCCCCGCCCCACCCGACGCCAUCUGACUGUGCUAACGUAAUUAGCGGCAGGUGUCCGCAGCACUUAAAGACAGUCAGGCCCCGCGCGCCGCCUUCAUUCUUGCCGAGUGCCACGCUGGAGGUGGGACGCGGCCGCUGUGUGCCCGGAGCCCCUGCUGGGGCCCCGUGUGUGCUUCGUGCUGUUUGGAUCGCAUGGAGCAGCCUGUGGACUCUCGUCAUGCGGAGGAGCCCCUUCGGUGUGGACAUCUGCUGCCGGAAGGGGUCCCGAAGCCCCCUGCAGGAACUCUACAACCCGACCCAGAGAUCCUUGGAGAGAGUUUCUCCACCUUGGCUGGAGCUCUCCAACACGGCCGUCCUGCACCAGAUGCGGCGGGACCAGGUCACAGACACGUGCCGGGCCAACAGCGCCGUGAGCCGCAAGCGGCGGGUGCUGACCCCCAACGACCUGAAGCACCUGGUGGUGGAUGAGGACCACGAGCUCAUCUACUGCUACGUGCCCAAGGUGGCGUGCACCAACUGGAAACGGCUCAUGAUGGUCCUGACCGGGCGGGGCAAGUACAGCGACCCCAUGGAGAUCCCGGCCAACGAGGCGCACGUCUCGGCCAACCUGAAGACCCUGAACCAGUACAGCAUCCCCGAGAUCAACCACCGCUUGAAAAGCUACAUGAAGUUCCUGUUCGUGCGGGAGCCCUUCGAGAGGCUGGUGUCCGCCUACCGGAACAAGUUCACGCAGAAAUACAACACCUCCUUCCACAAGCGCUACGGCACCAAGAUCAUCAGGCGGCAGCGCAAGAACGCCACGCAGGAGGCCCUGCGCAAGGGCGACGACGUCAAGUUCGAGGAGUUCGUGGCCUAUCUCAUAGACCCGCACACGCAGCGCGAGGAGCCCUUCAACGAACACUGGCAGACCGUCUACUCCCUCUGCCACCCGUGCCACAUCCACUAUGACCUCGUGGGCAAGUAUGAGACGCUGGAGGAGGAUUCCAAUUACGUCCUGCAGCUGGCGGGCGUGGGCAGCUACCUGAAGUUCCCCACCUACGCCAAGUCCACGAGAACUACUGAUGAAAUGACCACAGAGUUCUUCCAGAACAUCAGCUCAGAGCACCAGACGCAGCUGUACGAAGUCUACAAACUCGAUUUUUUAAUGUUCAAUUACUCAGUGCCAAGCUACCUGAAAUUGGAGUGAAGGGUGGAGGUGGGGAGAGGGGCGAGAAUCGUGCUUUUUAAUUUAAGAUUUUUAUUUGUCAAAAGAAUUCUAUGGAUAUUGGGUUAUUUUGUAAAUUAAUAUUUGUUUGGGGAUGAUGCUGCGAGCAGCAUAGUGAGAAUUAUUUAAAAUCCUUAGUAGGGAAGGACGGCUGUCUUUGCAGGGCACUAGGAUGGGUGUCCUUGUUUUUUAGACAUGAAUCCCCCGACACUUUCAGAGGUUUCUUUGUGUUCGGGUGAAUUCCAUGAAUUGUGCAUCCCAUAAAUUCUAAUUAAUGUUAUUUAUAGUUAUUUAAACAUGGUCUCUGUAUAGAUUUCUUUUUGUGGCAGCAAGAUUCUAACGUCUUUGCAGAAGAAAUCUAUGUUUCGUUCUGUGCUUGCAGCAGCUCGUGCAGGGGCAUGAAUGUUCUCCUUAUUAACCGCUCAGAGAGUCACUGUGAUAACAACCGUUGUGCUGUCUGUUGAUACCACCGUUCUUGAAAUUCUGCUAGAAAUAAAUAGAAAGAGGCUCCUUUGCAAGGGACUGAUUCCAAACUGAUUUCAGUCGACCCAAACGUUCCUCACACGAAAGAAAAGUGAUUUUUCUUUUUUUAACCCAAGGAGAGAGCUGAUUGUAGCUUUUUUUUUUCCCACCAGACUUAGCAAUCUGGUAGAAUAGGCUUUUCUACAGAAUUUUUUUAACUGGCAGUGCCAGUUGUGAUGAAGGUGAAGUGGCUGUUGCUUUACAUUCAACAAGUAUUUAUUAAGCAACUACUAUGUGCUAGGCCUAAUUCUAGACCCUGCGGAUAGAGCAUUAAACAAAACCAAUAGUCUUGGCCCUCAAGAAGCUUUACGUGGACGCAGAGUAUCCAGCUUGACAGUUAGCAAACCCCUGAUAUUCAUGGACUUAACAUGAGGUUUGGACUAUUCACGAACCACCCCAGAAGGUUCAGGAUCCCUACAAAUUUGCAUUUUUCUAUGGCCCAAAUUUGAAAACCACGUGCUUGGAAUAGGCCACUUAACUUGGUGAGUAAUCCAAGCUCAUUGCUCAACAUAAGAGAUGACAAAAAUGUUUCCUGUCAUGUGCCCACUCCAAUUUAUUGGUAGUAUCUAUCUGCCUUUAAGCCCCAGGACAGAUUUGCCAGGCACAGCAUGGAAGAGUGCUGUGAUUGAUUAGUGAUGUCUGCCUUGGGUGAAGGAAAGGAAAUAUUCACCGACCGUCUCCUCCUGUCAUUUCCAGCCCAGCUUUAAGGUCUCCACCUAGAAGUGUUUUUUCUACUCUUUGCCAUGUAAAAGAUUAAAAUUUUGUGGCAGGACUCAGACAUUGGAGGAUUUGCAAUGGCCUGGCAUUUCUACUCCUUGUGAAGGUCAGAGGCAGACUAUUUGUACACUUAUGCAUAUCCGCUCCUCCAAAGGCCAAGAAACCAUCGGCCCCUUUGCAACCACCAGCAAUGAUCAGCAAGGAUAGCCUUCUGUGAUGGUAACCCAUGCCAUUUUCCUCUGGAAGGCUGGAAACAUUCCAUUCCCUGUUCCUUGCUAAUUAACGUCUGCACAUGCUUCUCAUUUCCAAUGCCUCCGCUGAAGUUUGAGCCACAUCCCUCUUACAGCUAGUGAAUGAGUUGGUAGCAGAUACUGUAUAUAAUAAUAAUAGUUCUAAUAAUAGGGGGAGGGGUGGGAUGGGGUGUGGGUAAGUUUUGCUUUUUGUUUUUGAUGCAAUGUAUAGAACAGAGGGGAGAAGAAUAUUCUAAACGAACAAAAAAUAAUUUAUUCACAGAAGCUAUUAAAAUUGUAUUGUAAAGCUCACAGCCAGCUCAGUGAGCGGCAGCUGCCACGUCUCACGGAGGAAAUUAUUUUAUUGAAUGUGAGUGAGGUGUGCACUGGAGAGGGCGGCCGAAGCUAUUUAUAAGAUGGUGUGUACCUUCUAAGCGCUCUCUCCUUUGCGAAGGGCACGUCAACUGUACCCUUGACAAAUAGAGAUUUAUGCAAUGUGUUUUACCAAGUAGAGUGACAGACUUCAGCUGUCCUUGGAAUUAUUCCUGGACCCUGUUUCCAGGCAGGGGACACUGUCCUCAGAAACAAAGCUUCUGCUAAUGAAAGAGGUUUCUGGCAUUUCCUGAUAAUGUGCUUCAGAGAACACAGGUUCUCCCCAGACACAAGUUGGUGUGAUGCAAAAUAAGGGUUUUGUAGUCAAAUAUCCUUGGGAAACAGAGCGAAGUCCAUUUCCUUUCUGCAGGACUUUUCAGAGCCUUGAAUGUGUGCUGUGCAUUGUGAACUCCCAAGAGCAUCACUGAUGGAGUCGGUGGCAUUUCCUGACCUUCUUUGAGCGGGAUACUCUAUUUUGCAGAUCAUCUCAGAGAGCUAGCGUUCCACUGAAUAUUCUUUGGCUAGGUUGCUUUAGCACAUCUGAGGUCUUCAAGGAUAAAAAACUGCUUCCCUGACACCCCGCUUCCAAAAACAAAACAAAACAACAAUAAAACAGCACCACAGUCUCCACCUGGUUUAUAGCAAUGAAGGUACUUUAUCAAAUGAAUUCAACUUUUGCUUAAGUGCAAUGGUUCUAAUCCUGGAUAUUACAUGGGCCACGAUUCCCUCCCUCCCAAAGGGAGUGCCCGAAGAGUCUUGGGUGGUGCUGACAGAAGGAGGGAUGGGGGAGGGGCACAAAGCCUCAGUUGGUCCCCCUAGUGCUCAAGCCUAAGGUUGCUCAGUGCAAGCCAAGAGAGCUCAACCCUUGCUGAAUGCUCCUUCGAUUCUAUAGUUUGGAAUUGUUCAGUGUUCUUUUAGUACUUUAAGUGGAAAUUCACGUGGAUUUCCCGCGUUUUGCAUUUCCACAUCUCCGUCUUUGAUCAGCUGUGAUGCCUUCAUUCGUCUUCUCGCUCUAGUGGGAAAAGGUGUCCUUCAGGGGACGAUACUGCGGUAUGGUUCGGCAAUGAGGGGCUCUUUCUCCUCGUGUUUUGUGUUCAUAUUUUAUUUUCUAAUGGCAUAAAAACUUUUUUUAAAAAAAUCAAUUCAACUGUUUUUGCAGAAUGUAGAAAGUACUCUGUGUCCUUGGUUAAAAAGAAUCCAUGGGUGAAAAUGUGCCUGGGAAACAAAAGUUCUUGGUUCUUUCGUUCCUUUUCCUUUUUUUUAAAGAAGACUGUUUGAAAACGCUUUCUAUUGCAUGCUUAGCUGGAGAAAAGUACAGGCAGGUGUCCCAUCUUCGAGCCACUUUUCAGAGGUGCUGCUGUGUUUUCAAAACCAGGUACAAAGUUGUAUUUACAAGGACAUUCCUGCUUAACCUGUCCCUUUGGUUGGAAAACUGUAGAAUAUUAGCCACAGUGUUUGAAUUCCUGCAGCUGCUUCAGACCCUCCCCCUUCCCUGCCUCCCCAGCUGGUCUGGGAAGAAGGGCAGUCUGCUGACCUGUUGGUGUCUCAGAGGGGACCUUCCUUCCCAUCUGUCCACCAGGUGAGUUUCACGGUCCUGCCUGUUCAGCUGUAUGGCACAGGACAGCAGCGGGCAGUGGAAACUUCGGUCGGACCAGUGUCCUGGUGGCAAAGGCAUGGAAGCACCAGGGUCUGAUCCCUACUGGUAGAAAAUUCCCAGAACAAAAGCGAGUCCCUAACAUCCUUAGCUGGUGGGGUCUGGACCACCGCUGAGGUAGUGAUUGCAGAAGUCCCUGUUCUAACCUGGCCAGAAGCCGAGGGACUCUGACCCUGAUGGAUGGGGCUCAGAGCCGAUUUCUCACAGCCUGACCAUCCCCUACAGAGACACGCAAUCUGAGCUGCCCUGUUCUGUGCGAUCCUGGGGACCAGAAUCUCUUGCCCACUCAUGUCAGCAGGACUGACCUCAUCACUCCCCCAGAGUUCCCACAACCAGUAUUUCCUCCAGCCUUUUCCAUCACAACCAACUGGACCCUAUGAACAGGCAGCAGGAUCUACAACCAGCUUGACCUUCGGCCGUUAACGGGCGAAUUUCAGUCUGUUACCCUUUGUCAGGUACAGAAGGGGCUGCCCGUACUAUUUUCUUAGGAGCGUGCUCAGUAUGGCAUAUGGACAUAUAAUUUAACAUCUUUGUGGAGUGUGAUUUUCUUUUUUUACAUAUUUGUGUGCAGUAGAGGGCCUGUUGUAGAAAACUCUCCCUGUAUCUUACUGUACUGUUCAAGAAAGCUGAAUUCCACAUUGCCAACAAAAGCGUGAAAAUGUUCAUGAACCUUCUUCCAGGAAAAGCCAUUCAAGCCUGAUUAUUUUUCUAAGUAACUUCAAUUAAAUUGAAGAAAGAAAAGAA